UUUAGCCCUACACAGUGGCGACGGAAGGUUUGAUUUUCAAAAGGUAAGUCUAUAGAAAAUUCAUUUUCGCACACGUCGAACUAUCCCGACUGUCAAUUCCCUGGCAUUCGUGUUUUUAUUGCCUCACCUCAGCGAUGUCCAGGCAGCUUCGAUAUAUUGACAAACGCGAACUAUUUGACGGCGGACGAAACCCCAGGCAACGUGGGAUAACAAGCGCGCGGUUCAUUCUUCCCGGACAUCAGAACGAUUUUGGAAUUUGGAGAUGUUUUGAUUAAAUUUCGUUACCAACCGAAUCACACCGACCGACGCUUCUUUGUAAUCUCAGGGGGUCAAGAUAUGCCGGCAAGGGCUUCAACCGUUUCUCGUUAAAAUCAACUUGGUCCUAAAAUCAUCUCGAUGGCCGCGAUGGGGCGACCCUCGAAUCCCCGCCUCAUGGCGCGCGUCCUGGAGGCGGUAAAACAUCUCGGCGAGAGUCGCGGUUCCUCGGCAAAGCAAGUCCUGGAAGUUGUCAGGCAAGGAGACAAAGUUCCGACAAGAAAUCUCACGAUGCAGGUCCACCGAGCCCUGAAGAACGCCGUUACCGCGGGACUAUUGAAGCUGCACAGCGGGCGCUACAAAAUGUUGAUUUCCUUGCAAACCUCGGCAGCGCACGGGAACGCGGUUAAACCCAGGACCAGUCGUCCGGUGCAGAAGGACGAGGAGGUCGGAAAUGCGCAGGAAUCGAGGAGUCGCCACCAACCCCUAGAGGCACCGCGAAGCAGGUGUUCCCACUGCAAAAAGCACAAGCGUAGAUCGAGCAGACGCAGGCGAAAACGGAGUGUGGCUAAACGUCGUCGCCCGAGCAGACAGAGCAGAGGGCGUAAAUCUCGAAAACUGAGUCGUCGGGGGGACGGGGAGGAGGUUUCGAAUCGCCGGGAGAGGCGUAAAAAAAUAGCUGCUCCUGGUGGCCGACAAAACGAGGGGCCUGCGAAGACGAAUCCCGAAACAGCGCGUCGGGCCGACGAAACGAACGAGGUGGUAGCAUCCGACUCGGACGGUGAAGGGAACGCCUCGAAUUUUGCCAAGGCGAAGUUGAAUACCGACGGACGAAAGAGCGACACUCAGCGUUCCCAACGGAGGCGAAGUUCUAGGAAGCGAAGUUCUUCUAGAAAACGACGUUCCCCGUCCCUGGAUAGAAAAAAGUCUCAGCAAGUUCGGAAGAACGAUUCUCAAGAUCUUUCGAUGGAAUGCUGUGCGGACAACGAUGCCGGGGAACAAGAAAAUCUCGGUGAGCUCGAGGGCCCCAACGCCUGCGAUCGUAUCGACGACGGUACUACCCAUCAUUAAAGAGGAAGCGUCGCGAGACGCGUUCAACGAAUUCGACUCAUCUACACACGUCCCGAAAAUUCAAUGACGUUACAUCGUCGCCACUUCUUACGUUAUUUUAUUCGAUUUUUUUCUAACGCACCAAUUACAUUUUUUAUAAUUUAUGGUCCAUCGUUGCUAAACUAGUAUUGUACGAUUUACACGCAUAUUGUAUUCGUCGUCUGUUUUUCCAUGAAAAUAAAAUGAGUUUGUCAUCACCUGCACGGCUCGGAUCUUUCUUUUUCCUCCACGAUGCAUAACUCAGUGAGGCUACUUUUUUCUUUGUUCAAUUUUUGGCCGGCUUUCAAUUUCAAGUAUCUCCGUCUACACGUACUAAAGAUCUGCACGUGAACGAGCCUGCGGACGUCUCCAACUAUCCCGCCUCUUUUCGCUCUCUCUAUUUCUUCCUCUUUGCCUUUUUUUUUUUUCUUUUCUUUUCUCUCAGUCUACGUCAUCGACGGAACGUGUCAAGAGCUGAUACACGUUAUGGUUAUUACGGCCGUUUUGACGAAACACUCGAUCGCCAUUGCGAUGCAUGAGGAAUUCCGAUUUCCCUGACUUACGUUUUAUUUUUCACUUUUCUCUAUCCUGUUCCAGUUCGGCAGUAAUAAGGGAGGACACUGGAACCGAAACAAAUCUAGCGCCGUUAAAAUCUCGUCCGAAAAAAUCUCAGUUACCUCAAAGUACGAGAGAAAAAAGAUUUCAGGAUUCCAGGAUACCGGGAGGAAUGCGCGUGCAUGUGUGUAGUAUCUCUAGACCACGAAGAUGAAAGCGGUUUUAAUUUCGCGUAUCUUUCCCCGCGUUGUUUAUUAUUAACCUGAUUUUUUUUUCUCUCUUUUUUCCUCCGCACUCUGUGUAAGGAAUACAUUUUACCACAUUCCUCGAAUUUUAUUUCAGAUAUUUAUUACGAAUAAAAAUUUCUCGUCGACAAAAUAUGUUUGCGCGUCUCUUCGGCAUUUCCUUUCGGAGGGGUGGUGGGUGUUGUUAGCGCGAAGUUCGCAUGAAUUUAGCGACGCAAAAUCUCGGCGAUGGUUACCGAUCGGUGCAGCGGCAUCCGACUAGUUAAUUAAACUUGUUCGAGACACCAAAGCGGAUUAUCAGGCACGGACGGCUAACUCGAUAGCUGUAAGUUAAUAACGUUUCCAGUUUUGUCUAAUCUUAUUUGCAUUCAAGACUCUGGGAUCUCCGGAAUAUCAUCCGAAAAUUGCGCUUUUGCUUUUACACAAAGUGAAAAAACUUGAAAAGAGACGUACAGCUGCAUGAGAAAAUCUUCUUCAAUCUUAUUCACGUUCUAUUUCUUUUCUCUCUCUCUCUUUUCUUUUUGUCUCAGCCGGGUCAUUUUGUGAACAAUUUUUCCCGUUCUCAAAGAGCGCGAAAAGCCAAGGGCGAAAAACGAGGUCGAACAAAGGGCAGAAGUUGGCUAGAAGAGAUUGUUAAGAACCUGCAAGCGGCAAAAAGACUUCCCCAAAUGUCGACUAUUCGCUCAGGCCGUGGGUCUCUGACGGUCUGAUAAACAGUUUUCAACCCUUUUUCAGAGCAGAACUCAAUGAGAUCCGUCUAUAGGUGCGCCGUCCGCACUUUUCAAACCGCAUGACAUUACAUUUUCUUCGCUUCGCGGUGUGUCCCCCCUCCCCCCCGAAAAGGUCGUGAGGUAAUCGGAGACCGGCGUACGUUUUUUUGGAAUCCGAAUGUGAAUUUGACAAAACGCAGGUACAGAGGAGAACCUUUCAAAAAUUAUUGUUCACCGAUAGAACGAGCUAUCCGCCCACGCAUCGAGAUUAAUAAUUUUUUGCCUCGUUUCUAUAUUGCCGUUUCACCGCGAUCCGGUGCGGUGGGGCGUAUUCAAAGGGCGAUUAGUUAUAAUGGAAACCAAUUUACAACAUCCACAAAUCUGUUGAAAGUUUACAGCGCAUACGAUGGCCGUCGUUUUCCUUUUUUUUUAUUACAAUUGCACCGUUUGAUCGCCCGUUUUUUGAACGAGCAGACCCCGUGAUCGUCUCGAUGUUAUGAGUAGAGAAAAAGUAAUUUUACCACGUUCCUACCAACUCUGGAAUUUUCACACCGAUGGCCCCGCGUCAGAUGGAAGUUCGGGAUAAACUCUGACAACGCGAUGUGAUCGUAUUUUUCACUUCCGUCCGCGAUAAAAAAAAAAAACAAUGCAAUGGUUGUUGAGAUGAUUCUGAACUUUUCAUUGAUUAUCAUGUUCUGUCGUCGUUACUUUCAAUGACUCAUAUUUUUUUUUGUUUUCAGUAGAUGAAAUAUUUCGUUCGGUGGGAAAUUGAAAAAUCUUCGACACGUAAGCGGGUAUGGGGAAAUAUAUGUUAAACGAAUUCACUUCAUUUCGAACUCCCCUUACCAUGGAAGAAGAUCCGGUGGUGCGAUAGGGGAGGGUUGCGGUGGAAUACGUUGUAAAGAUUAUCCGCAGCGUGCAAACAUCGCGCUGAAUAUAACGAUGUAAAAAUUAGGUAAAACAAAGUUUUACUUCUUCCCAAAAGUGA